ACGUUAUCUCUCUCUCUCUCUCUCUCUCUCUCUCUCUCUCUCGCGAUAAGAAUCUCUCAGCCCUCUCCUCUCCUGUAUAUGGCAGCUGAUGUGAGCUAUCUGUUGAGAGCUUUGACUGGAUACAAGGAUGAUCGGACGGUUGCUAACAAUCCUGUUGCUGGAAAAUCAACGGCUAUGGUUACCAGGGAUUUGCUUGGUGGUGGUGCUUCCUCAAGAGAUGACUCUCAAGAAUUGGACCUCGACUUGCAAGUUCCUUCUGGCUGGGAAAAGCGCCUAGACUUGAAGUCAGGGAAGGUUUAUUUACAACGAUGCAGUUCUUCACCUUCACCGUCACCAUCACGGUCACCGUCGUCAUCAUCAGAUCAGAGGCAAAAAACCAAUCAAACAUUGGCAAAGCUUCAAGAUUUAAAUAUCCCAUCAUCACCUUCCAAGAUCACACUGAAUCUUUUUGAUGAAAGUAACUUGGAAUUGAAGUUAGUCUCUUCAUCAUCAUCAUCAUCAUCAUUAUCAACAACCAAAUAUCAAAGUGUGUGCACGCUAGAUAAAGUGAAAUCUGCGCUUGAGAGAGCAGAGAAAGAACCCAUCAGGAAGCGAUCAUCGCUGUGGAAAUCACCAUUAUCACCUUCAUAUUCUUCCUCGUCAUCUUCCGUUAGAGAGAUCCCAGAAGAAGAAAACGAAGAGAAAUCAGAAUCAGCAACAGCAACCGCAUCAGUUGCCGCCGGCUGCCCAGGCUGCUUAUCUUAUGUGUUGAUCAUGAAAAGUAACCCAAUAUGUCCCAGGUGCAACUCGGUUGUCCCUGUGCCAACGAUGAAGAAGCCUCGGAUCGAUCUCAACAUUUCAAUAUGAGAGAGAUGUAAUAUUUGUGAUUUUGUAUAUGAUAGAUGGAAUUUUAGGUGCUCAUAUAGAAUAUAAAUUGUAAGCAAAGAAGAGAUAAAUUUAGAUUUGUUUUUUCUUUUGAUGGCUUUUA